CUAACGAGAAGAUAGAUGUUACGACACCGUUUAAAUCAAAACGCUUCGUUCAGGUAGCGAGGGUUAAAAGCUAAAAAAGCAUCAUUCUAUUUUUUUCAAUGAAAAACGAAAGCGAAAAUGAAAUCUUUAUCCCCAAAAUUUUGAAAUUCAAAUCCGCGCUUAACAGUCUCUCUCUCUCUCGCUCUAUCUCUAGAGUAGGUCGUCGGCGAUGUUUUCCGGCAUGGAUAAUCGUAGGGGAACGGCGAAUGUGAAGAUGGAGAAUCAUUUCGUUCAGAUCUUUGAGAGGAAGAGGCGAAUCGUCGAGCAGGUCAAGCAACAAGUAGAUCUCUAUGACCACCAUUUAGCCUCCAAAUGUCUACUUGCCGGAGUAUCUCCUCCGCCGUGGCUCUGGUCUCCGUCUCUACCUUCCCAAACUGCCGAGUUGAAUAAGGAGGAGAUUAUAUCAGAACUUCUAUUUCCUCCAUCCAGACCUUCCAUCAUUUGUCCUAGCAAUCGUCCCUUUUCAUAUCAACGGCCUGUCAGUUUUCUAGCUGACAAUGUAGUAAGACAAGACCUGACGUCUAUGGUAAAUAACCCGCUAGAAGAGCAGUUGCUUGAAGAGGAACUUCAACACGACCUCUCACACAACUUAGUCAGACGGGUUUCAAAUCAUUCUCACGAGCAGGGUGCUAAUAUUGCAUCUCCUAGAGAUGUCCAUGAGAAAGAGAGACUGCCAGAAAGUGUCUCAAUCGGUUGCAAAGAGAAUCAAAGUUGUCCAUCUCUCGAAUACUCCCAGAAUCAGAGAGUUGAAACUAAUCUUGACGCUACAUCUCCUGGAUGUAGCCUAGGAAAAAGGGUUCCCAAAAGUGUCUCAACUACUGGUUGUAAGCGGAAACCAUCACCUCUCGGUUAUUUUCAAGAUGAAACUGAACCAGACACUAGCCUUGACCCUGGAUUAUCACUUGCUAAGAUGCAGAGAUCAAGGUCACGUCAAAAAGCUUUGGAGCUUCGUAGUAGUGCCAAAGCGUCGAAAAGCCGUUCAAACAGUAGAAAUGAUCUCAAACCUUCUCUGGGUGGAGAUAUAGGCUUUGGGAUUGCUUCUUUAAGGUCUGAUAGUGUUAGUGAGAUAAAGUUAUUUAAGCAUGAUGAGAAUGAUGAAGAAUGUCGAGACAACGUAGAGAACAGUAAUUCUCAAGGUAAAGGAGGGGAUCGUAGUAGUGCCAAAGCGUUAAAAAGCCGUUCAAACAGUAGAAAUGAGCUCAAACCUUCUCCGGGUGGAGAUGUAGGCUUUGUGAUUGGUUCUUUAAGGUCUGAUAGUGUGAGUGAGAUAAAGUUAUUUAAGCAUGAUGAGAAUGAUGAAGAGUGUCAAGGCGAAGUGGAGAACAGUAAUUCUCAAGGUAAAGGAGGGGAUCAGUGUAUUAAACGUAGUUUAACUACAGAGUCUCUUACCUUGCAUCAGAAAGUGGCUUCGGUGCAAAAAUCUUCGAGUGGGGAUUCUUAUGCUUCUAUUGUACCAGAAUCUCUACUCGAUUCUGGUCAUGCGAAAGACAUUGAUAUAUUACAGUCCAUUGAGACACUUGAUGAAGUAUCUGCCAAAGUAGAUGAGCAAGUGGAUGAUCCCAAAAGCAGAAGUUGCAAGGAAACAGCUAAUCUCAACGGAAGUACAAGAUCUAAAAGCUCAAGUCAAGGUAUCUCCAAGAGGAAACAUCAAAAAUCAAGCAACUCCUUUUCGGGUAACUUUCCAUCAAUAAGUUCAAAUCCCUCUCACUGUGCUGAUCAUGAAGUAGAAUUACCCCAAGUAAUACCUAUGACUAAUGAAGUUUCUAUGGUGACAGAUGCUGGAACGAGCAUCUUUCACUCUGAAAUCAUUUCAAGAUCCAGAAGUAAUGCUCGAGAAAAUAGAUCCAAGAUCGAGCAUUCAGGCUCUGUUGAGUCUUCUGCAAUUGACGUGGAGCCAAGAGAUUCAGUUUCAGUACUGCAAGGUAGCCAUGUAAAAGAUUCACUGAAUCCCUCUACUGUUGAUGUUGAAGGUUUAGUAGUUAUUACUAGCAACGAUCAAUCAGAAGAAAAGGGUGAAUAUGUUGACACUAACAGAUGUUCAAGUGCUGAAAGGGAAAGCCAAACUGGUAUCUCCCCAGAUGAGACCUUAUGUGUGGGUGCAAUCCAAGACUCUAUAUCCAAGACCAAGAUUUUGGGCUUUGUUGAGUCGUCUUCAGUUGAACCGCAGUCUAGACACUCAGUAAUGCAAUCAGACGAUGAAAGUGUAUUUUUGAAGCCUAUUGCUGUUACUGGUGAAGCUUUAUUAGUGGAGGAAGAUAAAAAUGGUGUAUCGAUUGAAAUUAGCAGUAUUUCAAAUUCUAGAAGCUUAAACCAAACAGACAUCACGGUAGUUGAGCCAUUGGUGGUUGAAGCUAUUCUUCAGGAAAGCGGUAUGCCGGCAAACUUGAUUGACUAUUCUAAAAGAUGUGAUAUUAGUUGUGGGUUCAAGGAAGUGCAGCCACUGGGUUCAUUGACCAAAGCUGGGAGUAGCCAAUGCCAUGAGAGAAUUAGUAGGCCAAGAAGCUCAGCCAUAGAAGAGAAAUCAGCAAAUGAAUAUAAGGCUCUUUCUAUUGGCUCUGAUCAUAAAUCGGCUGACAAACAGCUUGAAGUUAGAGAAGGGAAUUCAUCGCUGAGAACCCCUGAUCGCCCUGUUUUUGUGAAGCCUGAAUCACCCCAUCUUGAUGAUAAUGAAGAACACAACUUCGAUGAGGUUCCAGUGAAUAGUCGAGAAAAAUCAAUGAUGGAGAAGGUCCCCACACCAUCACCCGCUGCAAGGGUAUUUGAUGUCCCAUCUCUCACUGAAUCUGGAGUAAAUCUCUCGGCAGACAAUGAAAUGAAUGAAAUUGAGGAUCACAAUGGGUUAAAAAUAGAAAUGGUACCAGAAAUGGAAUCGCAUGCAAGCCACUCUGGCUUAAAAGUGGGAGAGAAUGAACCUACAGAGUCAAAUACAUUCACUGGCCAUAUAGAUGCGUUGACAAAGAGAUCUCAACAUGAAACAUCCUUUCAAAAAGGUGUUCCCCCAGUUAAAAGAGAUGUAACUUGUACAGAAACAGAUGAGUCUCAUGAUCCAAAGAGCUCUAUUCAGGAAUUUUUCUGCUCUAGUUCCUCCAUGGGGGGUUCCAUGCGGCAGAAUAAGCGGAGAAGAAUCCUGGAAAAACCAACUAGUAGAGUGCUUUCGUCUAGCCCAGGGGGAGACAUUCUCGAGCUAGAUUCUGUUUGGGAUACAGUACAUCAUAAGGAAGAAGCCGCAUGUCCCAACCUCGAUAACUAUGAGGUUGAGUUACAGAAGAUGCUAGGAUCUGCAUCUUCAGAUCACUAUGGUGUUGAGUUACAAAAGAUGAUCGGAUCCACAUCUUCAGCUGACUUACGAUUUGAAGAGAGUUACUUAUUCAAGGAAGCUGGAUUGAUGAGCCCUGCCUCACUUUCCUUCAGAACAGAACAGCCAAGUGUACAGAAGAGCCAAAUUGCUCCAGAUCACGGAGUUGGAUCAGAAAAGAUGAACUUUUUGCCAUAUGCUGGAGAAACCUCACAUGGAUUAGCUAGUUGCAUUGUUCACGAUUCAGAUGAUUCUCCUUGUUUAUCACCCUUGGGUGUGAUUAGCUCAGAUGAUGGAAGCCCCCCUGUUUUGGAGGGCUUUAUAAUCCAAACGGAUGAUGAAAAUCAAAGCGGCUCCAAAAACCAGUUAAAUCAUGACAGCUUCCAACUUCCGAGGACUACAGCAGAAAGUGCAGCAAUGAUAGAGCAGAUUUGCAAGUCUGCUUGCAUGAACACUCCAUCAUUACAGCUGGCUAAAACAUUUAAGUUGGAUGGAAAACUAGACUUGGAUCAGUCCAUUUCAAACGAACUGUUUGAUGGCAUGUUUUUCAGUCAGAAUCUCGAGGGUAGCUCUGUCUUUGAUAACUUGGGGAGAAACCAUGAUUAUACAGGAAGAUCGUACACUGACUCCCUGCCUCUGUUUGGUGCUGGCUCAUCUGCUGAGACUAGGAAUCCUUGCACGUCACCGACUGAGAAGUUGUGGUAUAGAAGUUUGCAAAAGUCUUCCAGUUCAGAGAAACGAAGCAGUCAGACACCAGACCUACCUUGCAUUAGCGAAGAGAAUGAGAACGUAGAAGAGGAGGCUGAGAACUUAUGUAUGAACACUCCAAAGUCUAUGAGGUCGGAGAAGCGAGGAAGCUCAAUUCCGGACCUUCCUUGCAUAGCUGAGGAGAAUGAAAACAUAGAUGAGAUAUCUGAAGCUGUCAAUGAAGGAUCUGGGUUUGAAAGGGAAAAUGUCUCUGCUGAAAGGAAACCUCAUGGUGAUGUUAAUGAAGACCCUAUGAAGUUUCUUCCAUCUGUUUCUGAAGCCAAGAUUCCUGUUGAUAGACAGAGUCUAGACUCUGUCAAUACUGCAUUCAGCUUUUCCGCUAAGUGCAACAGUGUCAAAAGUAAAGUGGGAAAGCUGAGUAACCGAAGAUUCACAGGUAAAGGUAAAGAGAACCAAGGUGGAGCAGGUACUAGAAGAAAUGUUAAACCGCCUAGUAGCAGGUUCAGUAAGCCUAAGUUGUCUUGCAACUCGAGUUUGACAACUGUAGGUCCACGAUUACCAGAAAAAGAACCUAGGCACAACAACAUUGUCUCAAACAUCACUUCGUUCGUUCCACUUGUGCAGCAGCAAAAACCAGCGCCUGCACUAAUUACAGGCAAGAGGGAUGUCAAAGUAAAGGCCCUGGAGGCUGCUGAGGCUUCAAAACGUAUUGCUGAACAGAAAGAGAAUGAUCGUAAGAUGAAGAAGGAAGCUAUGAAGCUUGAACGGGCAAGACAGGAACAGGAAAAUCUGAGAAAGCAGGAGAUAGAGAAGAAAAAGAAAGAAGAAGAUCGAAAGAAAAAGGAGGCGGAAAUGGCUUGGAAGCAAGAGAUGGAAAAGAAAAAGAAGGAAGAAGAGCGGAAGAGAAAGGAGUUUGAAAUGGCUGACAGGAAAAGGCAGAGGGAAGAAGAAGACAAAAAGUUGAAGGAAGCUAAAAGACAACGCAUUGCAGAAAUUCAGCGACAACAAAGAGAGGCUGAUGAAAAACUACAAGCUGAAAAAGAAUUGAAAAGACAAGCUAUGGAGGCGAGGACUAAAGCACAGAAGGUACUCAAAGCAGACCAAAGUAAUGCUGAGAAAAUCCGAGGACAAGCAAGAUCAAAGAGUAAUUCCAGUGACGAGACCAAUGCUUCAAGAAGCUCUAGAGAUAAUGACUUCAAGGUGAUAAGCAAUCCAGGGAACAUGUCUGAAGAACACAACAUGGGGAUUGAAGAAAUGGAAGAGUCGUACAACAUCUCUCCAUACAAAUGCUCGGAUGACGAAGAUGAAGAGGAAGACAACAAUGACGACAUGUCAAACAAAAAAUUUGUUCCUACUUGGGCCAGCAAGAGCAAUGUCCGGCUCGCUGUCAUUUCCCAACAAAAUCUUGAUCCCAAUAUUAUUUUCCCUGCAAAAAGCGUCUGCGAUGUAAGUAAAGCUCUAUCCAUGGCGAAACCAAUCUUCGUAUCAUCCGAUAACGUGAAUUUCACAUUCAAAUCCUUCACGAUUCGUAACCUCACUUUCCUCGGCGAUUCACAUCUCAGAAACGGCGUCGUUGGUCUCACGAGAGAGCUCGGUGUUCCCGAUACAAGCUCCGGUACAGUAAUCUACAACACUCCGAUUCGUUUUUACGAUCCGGAUUCAAACACCACGGCGUCUUUCUCCACUCACUUCUCCUUCUCCGUUCAAAACUUAAACCCAGAUCCAACCUCCGCCGGUGACGGACUCGCUUUCUUCCUCUCUCAUGAUAACGAUACUUUAGGUAGUCCCGGUGGUUACUUAGGUCUCGUCAAUUCCUCUCAGCCGAUGAAGAAUCGAUUCGUCGCUAUCGAAUUCGAUACGAAAUUGGAUCCUCAUUUCAACGAUCCAAGUGGUAAUCACGUUGGUUUAGAUGUUGAUAGUUUGAACUCAAUCGCUACUUCAGAUCCUUCGAAUUCGGCUCAUAUUGAUCUUAAAUCUGGUAAAUCGAUCACUUCUUGGAUCGAUUACAAGAACGAUUUACGUUUAUUGAAUGUGUUCUUGAGUUAUACAGAUCCAAUCGUAACCACGAAGAAGCCAGAGAAGCCUCUUUUAUCAGUGAAGAUCGAUCUUUCUCCGUUCUUGAAUGGUGAAAUGUAUGUAGGAUUCUCAGGUUCAACAGAAGGAAGCACAGAGAUUCAUCUGAUUGAGAAUUGGAGUUUCAAGACUUCUGGGUUUCUUCCGGUGAGAUCGAAAUCUAAUCAUCUUCACAAUGUUUCAGAUAGUUCUGUGAAUGAUGAUCCUGUGGCUAUACCGAGUAAGAAGCGGAAGCAUCGACACAAUCUUGCUAUUGGACUUGGUAUUUCUUGUCCGGUGUUAAUCUGUGUAGCUCUCUUGGUGUUUGGGUACUUCACUUUGAAGAAAUGGAAAAGUGUGAAAGCAGAGAAGGAGCUUAAGACUGAGCUAAUCACAGGUGAGUUUGAUGAAGAAAUGAUGAAGAAACUGUUGCUUGUGGGUCUUAAAUGUGCUCAUCCAGAUGGUAAUGAGAGACCAUCAAUGAGACGUGUACUUCAGAUACUUAACAAUGAGGUUGAGCCAAGUCCGGUUCCGAAGAUGAAACCUACACUGUCUUUCUCUUGUGGGUUAAGUCUUGAUGAUAUUGUCUCAGAAGAUGAAGAAGGAGACAGCAUCGUGUUUUCUUGUGGUGCUGUAAAACAGUCGAUACGAGAUGAUUAUGCUUCUCACGAACCAUUUGGUGUCUCUGGAUUUGAUAUGGAGAAGAGCAUAUAUAACAUUCUUACAAUUGAUCGUUGGGGAUCUCUAAAUCAUAUGGAUUAUAGACAGGCUCGUCUUAGACCAGUUCAUGGGAAGCUGGCUUUGAAGUUUCUUAAAUGGGUAGUGAAACAGCCUGGUUUGGAUACUGAACAUAUUGUUCAGUUGUUCUGUAUUACUACACAUAUACUUGUUAGAGCCAGAAUGUAUGACCCUGCUAGGCAAAUCUUGAAGGAGUUAUCUUUGAUGAGUGGUAAAUCAAGCUUUGUUUUUGGUGCUUUGAUGGCCACUUACCGGCUUUGCAAUUCAAACCCUUCGGUUUUCGACAUCUUGAUUAGAGUAUAUUUGAGAGAAGGAAUGAUUCAAGAUUCUCUGGAAAUAUUUCGCUUGAUGGGUCUUUAUGGAUUCAACCCGUCUGUAUAUACUUGUAAUGCAAUACUAGGUUCCAUUGUAAAGAGUUGUGAGGAUGUGUCAGUCUGGUCUUUCUUGAAGGAAAUGCUUAAGAGGAAGAUUUGUCCUGAUGUGGCUACCUUCAAUAUACUAAUUAAUGUGCUCUGCUCUGAAGGAAGCUUUAAAAAAUCGUGUUAUCUAAUGCAAAAGAUGGAGAAGAGCGGUUAUGCGCCAACUAUAGUUACAUACAAUACUGUAUUACAUUGGUAUUGUAAAAAGGGAAGAUUUAAAGCUGCUGUUGAGCUUAUAGAUCACAUGAAUUCGAAGGGGGUCGACGCUGAUGUCUGUACAUAUAAUAUGCUUAUCCACAAUUUGUGCAGAAGCAAUAGAAGUGCCAAAGGUUAUUUGUUGCUGAGGGAUAUGAGGAAGAGGAUGAUUCACCCCAACAAAGUCACGUACAAUACACUUGUUAACGGUUUUUCUAAUGAAGGAAAGGUGCUCAUUGCUCGUCAACUUUUGAACGAGAUGCUAACCUUUGGACUUUCCCCAAAUCAUGUUACUUUCAAUGCUUUGAUUGAUGGACACAUUAGUGAGGGAAACUAUAAAGAGGCUUUGAAGAUGUUUUAUAUGAUGGAAGCAAAAGGUCUUAUACCUACUGAAGUUAGCUAUGGUGUACUUUUAGAUGGGUUGUGCAAGAAUGCAGAGUUUGAUCUAGCAAGAGGCUUUUACAUGAGAAUGAAGAGAAAUGGGGUCUGUGUUGGGCGAGUAACAUACACUGGAAUGAUUGAUGGGUUAUGCAAAAAUGGGUUUUUGGAUGAAGCAGUUGUUAUGCUUAAUGAAAUGAGCAAAGAUGGUAUUGAUCCUGAUAUUGUCACAUACUCUGCUCUUAUAAAUGGAUUUUGCAGGGUGGGGAGGUUGAAAACUGCUAAGGAGAUAGUAUGUAGAAUUUACCGAGCUGGUCUUAGUCCAAAUGGCAUCAUCUACUCAACCCUGAUAUACAAUUGUUGCAGGAUGGGAUGCUUAAAGGAAGCAAUAAGAGUUUAUGAAGCUAUGAUCCUUGAGGGCCAUACUCCAGACCAUUUCACGUUCAAUGUACUUGUUACUUCGCUGUGUAAAGCUGGUAAAGUGACUGAGGCAGAAGAAUUUAUGCGUUGCAUGACAAGUGAUGGUAUUCUUCCUAACGCAGUUAGCUUUGAUUGUCUUAUCAAUGGGUAUGGAAGCUCAGGUGAAGGGCUAAAAGCGUUCUCUGUAUUUGAUGAGAUGACCAAAGUAGGUCAUCACCCAACAUUCUUCACAUAUGGUAGCCUGCUCAAGGGAUUAUGCAAAGGUGGGCAUUUGAUAGCCGCAGAGAAGUUUCUGAAAAGCCUCCAAAAUGUCCCUGCAGCUGUUGAUACUGUAAUGUACAACACACUAAUCACUGCUAUGUGUAAAUCAGGGAACUUGGACAAGGCUGUCUCACUUUUUGGUGAGAUGGUGCAGCGAAGCAUUCUGCCUGACAGUUUUACAUAUACCAGUCUUAUUUCUGGGUUAUGUAGGAAGGGCAAGACCGUUAUUGCCGUACUAUUUGCUAAGGAAGCUGAGGCUCGAGGUAAUUUACUUCCCAACAAGGUGAUGUAUACCUGUUUUGUGGAUGGUAUGUUCAAGGCUGGCCAGUGGAAAGCUGGUUUUUACUUUCGGCAGCAAAUGGAUAAACUUGGCCUUACCCGUGAUGUUGUCACAACAAAUGCAAUGAUUGACGGUUACUCAAGGAUGGGGAAAAUAGAGAAGACACAUGGCCUACUUUUUGAGAUGGGGAACCAAAAUCAAGGUCCUAAUCUAACUACCUACAAUAUUCUUUUGCAUGGGUAUUCAAAGAGGAAAGACGUAUCAACAAGCUUUAUGCUGUAUAGAUCCAUGAUACUGAGCGGCAUUUUACCUGACAAGCUCACAUGCCAUUCUAUUAUUCUUGGGAUUUGUGAAUCCAACAUGUUGGAGAUUGGUCUUAAAAUCUUGAAAGCAUUCAUAUGCCGAGGUGUUGAAGUUGACAGGCAUACGUUUAACAUGCUAAUCUCCAAGUGCUGUGCAAAUGGAGAGAUCAACUGGGCAUUUGAUAUGGUUAAUGUCAUGACCUCUCUGGGAAUUUCCCUUGACAAAAAUACUUGUGACGCCAUUGUAAGUGUCCUCAACAGGAACCACAGAUUCCAGGAGUCUCGCAUGGUUUUGCACGAAAUGUCGAAGCAAGGGAUAUCUCCCGAGAGUAGGAAAUACAUUGGUCUGCUUAACGGUCUCUGUAGAGUGGGAGAUAUAAAGACUGCGUUUGUGGUGAAGGAAGAGAUGAUAGCACAUAAGAUAUGUCCGCCUAAUGUAGCUGAGAGUGCAAUGGUGAGAGCGCUUGCAAAAUGCGGUAAGGCUGACGAAGCUUCGCUACUUCUUCGGUCUAUGCUGAAAAUGAAGUUGGUUCCGACUAUUGCUAGUUUCACUACUCUAAUGCACUUGUUUUGCAAGAACGGUAAUGUUACAGAGGCCCUGGAAUUGAGAGUCGUCAUGAGCAAUUGUGGGCUGAAGCUUGAUCUCGUGUCGUACAAUGUAUUGAUUACUGGACUUUGCGCCAAAGGUGAUAUGGCAAUUGCAUUUGAACUCUUUGAAGAGAUGAAACGAGAUGGAUUUUUAGCUAAUGUGACUACUUACAAAGCUCUCGUCGGUGGAAUACUUUCCCAAGGAACCGAAUUCUCUGGGACUGAUAUCAUCUUGAAAGAUUUACUUGCAAGAGGAUUCAUAACAGCCAUGAGCUUGUCACAAGAUAAAACCUUGACAAUGGCCAUGGAGAAGCUGAAGGCCGUGCAAAAACAAGACAAGCAAGACAGUGAAGCUGCAACCUUACUGGCUCCUUUCUCUGACAAAUACAACUCAAAAACUAGACCAAAUGAGACUUUGAUUGAAUCUCUUAAAACUUCCAGAGACAAAGCAGCAGGAGGAACAAAGCUCUUAAUAGCUGGAACUGUGUUGUCAUUUCAUGUGCUGAAUUCACCUGUAAUCAAUCUGGACUCACCAAAGAUAAUGGUUCAGGGAAAAUGAUGCAGAGCCAUGGAAGCCAAAAAAGCUUCUUCUAUGUCUUUGAGGAAUCUUUUGAAGAAUAUGUCGGAACAACGAGAAACUAGUUGUUGUGUUGGGAUGGUGUCUGAUGGAUAUUGAUGCAGACAGAAUCUAACAGUUAGUCAGAUUUGCAUCACUGGAUUUGUUCCAUUUUACAGUACCCACUCGUGAGCCUCCUGUAACACAAAUAGUAUUAUAUGUUUAAAUGUGUUGAUUGUCUGUUAGUCUGCUAACACUUUUAUUUUACAUCAAAUAUGUAACAUGUUUAAGAUCAUUAUUAAUUUAUUAUAUCAAAAUCUGGUUACACCUAUUAGGAAUAAACAAAAUACUUUGUA